UUAAAUAUGUGCUUAAUGGUUAAAUGUGCACUCUGUGUCCAUCUCAUUUACAGUGACAUUGUUCAGAGGAGCAGAGAGGAGCUCAAAGCUAUCAGAGAAACCAACCCAGGCCUCAAACCUACAUUGGCUAUCAUACAGGCUGGUGAAGAUGACGGUUUGCUGGAGGUGAAUAAGAAGAUGGCUGGAAAGAUCGGAUUGAACGUUAUGCAGAUUUGUCUUCCACGCCAGUGCACAGAGGAAGAGGUGAUUGAGGAGAUCUUGAGAUUAAAUGAGGAUUCUCGUGUUUAUGGCAUUUUUUUGAACCUUCCUCAGUCCUUCCUCUCAAAAAGUGUCCGUAAUGCCGUCAAGCCACAGAAAGAUGUGGAUGGGGUCUCUGAUCUUAAUGUUGGCCGUGUAGUGUUGGGGGAUCAGAGAGACAGUUUUGCUUCACCUAUAGCUGGAGCUGUGCUGGAGAUGCUUGCCAGGCACGAUGCCCCAUUGAUUGGUAAGAUGGCAGUGCUGGUGGGUGUUGAGGGACCCCUGAAGGCAACUCUUCAAUUUUUGUUGCAAAACAAUGGCAUGAUGGUGCAGACCUGCCAGUGGAGCUCAAAGCACUUGCAAAAGCAGAUCAUGGAUUCGGAUUUGGUGAUAUUGUUAGAGACUGACCACAAGGGCCUCCCACCCACUUGGUUAAGACCCGGGGUGGCAGUCAUCAACCUCAGCUCAGCCCUAAUGGAAGAACACCCUGACAGUUGGGAGCACAGGGCUGAAGCUGAAUCCGGUGCAGGAGUUGGGCCUCUAAGUGGUGCGCUAAGAAUGCAGCAUGUAGUGAGGAGCAGCAGGAGGUGGAUACAAGAACAGCAGUACCAGCCAUGGAGGCUCCGCCCACUAAAACUCCAACCACUCUCACCUGUGCCUAGUGAUAUAGAGAUCUCCAGAGCACAGACUCCCAAACCCAUAUCUCAGCUGGCUCAGGAGGUUGGUCUGCUUCCAGAGGAGCUGGAGGCCUAUGGAAAUACCAAAGCCAAAGUCCAUUUGUCCCUCCUCAACCGCCUCCAACAUCAGCCUAAUGGCAAAUAUGUCCUGGUGGCAGGGUAUGCCCCAUUGAUUGGUAAGAUGGCAGUGCUGGUGGGUGUUGAGGGACCCCUGAAGGCAACUCUUCAAUUUUUGUUGCAAAACAAUGGCAUGAUGGUGCAGACCUGCCAGUGGAGCUCAAAGCACUUGCAAAAGCAGAUCAUGGAUUCGGAUUUGGUGAUAUUGUUAGAGACUGACCACAAGGGCCUCCCACCCACUUGGUUAAGACCCGGGGUGGCAGUCAUCAACCUCAGCUCAGCCCUAAUGGAAGAACACCCUGACAGUUGGGAGCACAGGGCUGAAGCUGAAUCCGGUGCAGGAGUUGGGCCUCUAAGUGGUGCGCUAAGAAUGCAGCAUGUAGUGAGGAGCAGCAGGAGGUGGAUACAAGAACAGCAGUACCAGCCAUGGAGGCUCCGCCCACUAAAACUCCAACCACUCUCACCUGUGCCUAGUGAUAUAGAGAUCUCCAGAGCACAGACUCCCAAACCCAUAUCUCAGCUGGCUCAGGAGGUUGGUCUGCUUCCAGAGGAGCUGGAGGCCUAUGGAAAUACCAAAGCCAAAGUCCAUUUGUCCCUCCUCAACCGCCUCCAACAUCAGCCUAAUGGCAAAUAUGUCCUGGUGGCAGGUAUAACUCCCACUCCACUGGGUGAGGGGAAGAGUACAGUGACCAUAGGUCUUGUCCAGGCCCUUUCCGCUCAUCUUAAGCUCAACUCUUUUGCUUGCCUGCGACAGCCUUCCCAGGGCCCAACGUUUGGUGUCAAAGGAGGAGCGGCGGGUGGGGGAUAUGCGCAGGUCAUUCCUAUGGAGGAGUUUAAUCUCCACCUCACAGGAGACAUCCACGCUAUAACCGCAGCCAAUAAUCUAGUGGCGGCAGCUAUCGAUGCCCGCAUUCUCCAUGAAGCUACUCAAUCAGACAAGGCCCUGUACAGCAGACUAGUGCCGUCUGUUAAUGGCGUGAGAUGUUUCUCUCCUAUACAGAUGGCUCGCCUACAACAUCUUGGAAUAAACAAAUCUGACCCCAGUGACCUCACACCAGAAGAGGUCAGGGCAUUUGUCCGUCUUGACCUUGACCCUGAGAAGGUCACAUGGCAGAGAGUUAUUGAUACCAAUGACCGAUUUCUGCGUAAGAUCACUGUUGGCCAGGCUAACACAGAAAAAGGCCAUGCUCGCCAGACCCAGUUUGAUAUUGCGGUGGCCAGUGAGAUCAUGGCUAUCCUUGCUCUGACAGAUGGACUGGCUGAUAUGCGGGCCAGGCUGGGACGUAUGGUUGUGGGCAGCAGCAGAAACGGCCAGCCGAUCACUGCAGAUGACUUGGAUUCUAUUGUAGAGAAAAUUCGGACUAUUGCGCAGAAGGUUUAUGGUGCUGAUGACAUUGAGCUUUCACCUGAGGCUCAAGCUAAGAUAGACUACUACAAUCAACAGGGUUUUGGUGCUCUUCCCAUCUGCAUGGCCAAGACCCACCUGUCUCUCUCUCAUAUGCCUGAGAAAAAAGGUGUUCCCACAGGUUUUAUCCUGCCUAUCAGAGACAUCCGUGCCAGCAUCGGGGCAGGCUUUAUCUACCCUUUAGUUGGAACUAUGAGCACCAUGCCAGGCUUGCCUACGCGACCCUGUUUCUAUGACAUUGACCUUGAUCCUGUGACAGAGGAGAUAAAAGGACUCUUCUGAAGACAUUUCUACAGUCCCACACAUGCUUUCGACCAAUGUUCCUGAGUGUCCGUGUAGACCUCCAUUCAUAUGCCACUGAUAACAGCUCAUCCACUGCCUUCUAGCAAUGAAACUACCAGUGUUAGAUCGACAACCAUUCCUCCUUAUGUUUUGCACAGGGUCUUUCUAUUCUUUUGCCUCUACAGGAUGCAGUCCCAUCAGAGACACCCUGUGAGGGUAGCAGUACUCAUUCAUACCCCUUUCAAAGAGAGGCCUGUUGCUUCUGUCAUUGAAGACACCCAUAAUUAGCUGACCAGCUCAGCUUGACAUUUACUCAAAUAUUCUCACACCAAAACUUGUACUCUCUUGUACUUCUAAUUUCUUGGCUUAUGGAGUUUUUUUCUUUUGGGUACCCAAAAUGAAUGGCCAGUAGUCCAGGAUGUUAUUGUUCCAUGUUGUAAAAAAAA